GGGCGCGCCCGGCGCCGCUCCGCGCUGAGCCCCGCGGCCCUCUCCCUCAGCUCCGCUCCGCUCCCUCCUCUCCCCUCCCCUCCCCUCUCCUCUCGGCGGCCGCCUCCGCCAUGGUGCUGGAGUCGGUGGUGGCGGACCUGCUGAACCGCUUCCUGGGCGACUAUGUGGAAAACCUCGACAAGUCCCAGCUCAAACUGGGCAUAUGGGGGGGUAAUGUGGCACUUGACAAUUUACAAAUAAAGGAGAAUGCAUUAAGUGAACUGGAUGUACCUUUUAGAAUAAAAGUUGGUCAGAUAGAUAAACUUACUCUGAAGAUUCCCUGGAAGAACCUGUAUGGUGAGGCAGUUGUUGCAACUCUAGAAGGCUUGUAUCUUCUAAUAGUUCCUGGAGCAAGCAUUAAAUAUGAUGCAGAGAAGGAAGAAAAAUACCUGCAAGAUAAUAAACAGAAGGAGCUGGCAAGAAUUGAAGAAGCCUUACAGAAAGCGGCAGAAAAAGGCACUCAUUCACAAGAUUCCUUGUAUCGUUUGGAGAGUCUGAUUUGCAAGGACACCAAGCCUGGACGUAAGCGUAAAAAGUAUAAAAAGCAUUUUAAGAGACCCUUUAAAGGUCAUGAUCACUCAAAAGACAAACCAAAGGAGGAGAAGAAAGAUACUUUUUUAGAAAAGCUUGCAACUCAAGUUAUAAAAAAUGUGCAAGUCAAAAUCACAGGCAUUCAUGUUAAAUAUGAAGAUGAUAUCACAGAUCCACAGUGUCCAAUUUCUUUGGGAAUGACAUUGAGUGAGCUUAGUUUAUUGACAACAAAUGAGAACUGGAAGCCCUCUAUUCUGAAUGAAGCUACGAAAGUAAUAUACAAGCUUUUGUGCUUGGACAGCCUCAGUGCUUAUUGGAAUGUACACAGCAAAAUGUAUUAUCAUGGCUCCCGUGAACAAAUACUGGAUCAGCUGAAAAGAGGAAUUCCAUGUGGUGGUAACCAAUCUCAAGACUACCAGUAUAUUUUUAGACCAGUAUCAGCCUCUGCAAGACUCUAUAUCAACCCAUAUGCAGAAGUAGAACUGAAAACUCCCAAGUUUGAUUGUAAUGUAGAAGUACAGAGAAUUGCCAUCGAACUCACUAAGCCACAGUACCUCAGCAUGAUAGACCUUCUGGAGUCCAUAGAUUACAUGGUUCGCAAUGCACCAUACAGAAGAUUUAGGCCAAGUGUAUCUCUCCAUAAAAAUGCCAGACAAUGGUGGAAAUAUGCAGGUGACAGUGUUCUAGAAAUUCACAUCAGAAGACGUACGCGUAUGUGGUCGUGGAGUAACAUGAAACUACACAGGCAGCUUCUGAAGAGUUAUAAGAACAUGUACAAAAAUAAGCUGACACAGAGUAAACUGUCAGAAGAAACACAGAGGCAAAUUCAGGACCUGGAAAGAAAGCUUGAUGUCUUCAAUAUAAUCCUAGCAAGACAACAAGCACAAGCUGAGACUAUAAGAUCAGGACAGAAACUACUGAAAAAGAAAGCCAUUGAAGGUGAAAAAAAAAGUGGAGGAUGGUUUAGUGGUUUCUGGGGUAAGAGAGAAUCUAGAAAAAAGGAAGAUGAAGAAUCAUCCGUUCCUGAAACUAUUGAUGAACUAAUGACACCAGAAGAGAAAGCUAAGCUCUUUACUGCUAUUGGUUAUAGUGACAGCUCCCAUCACCUUUCCUUACCAAAACAGUACGUUGCUCAUGUUGUGACAUUGAAGCUCUUAAGCACUUCUGUUACAAUUAAAGAAGACAAGAAUGUGGCAGAAACUCUUAAAGUACAAAUAAUUGAUCUGAGUACGAAAAUAUCACAACGCCCGGGAGCACAAGCCAUUAAGGUGGAAGCCAAGCUUGAAAACUGGUACGUUACAGGCCUGAGACAAGAAAACGUUGUACCAUCUCUUGUGGCUUCCAUAGGGGAUAGCAAGUCUUCUCUACUUAAGAUAGAGUUUAAUAUUAACCCAGAAGAUAGGACUGCUGAUCAGAGUCUUAGUAUUGAAUCACAGCCUGUGGAAAUAAAAUACGAUGCAAGAACAAUAAAUGCUAUGGUAGAGUUCUUCCAGACAAGUAAGGGAAUGGAUCUUGAAAGAUUAACAUCAGCCACGUUAAUGAAGCUGGAAGAAAUCAAAGAAAGAACUGCUACAGGAUUAGCUCAUAUUAUCGAAAUGAGGAAGGUCCUUGACUUGAAGAUUAAUCUGAAGCCUUCCUACCUUGUGGUUCCACAGACAGGUUUCUACCACGAAAAUUCAGAUUUGCUGAUUUUGGACUUUGGUACAUUUCAGCUGAACAGCAUAAAUCAAGGCAGUAGUCAAGCUUCUAGCUUUUCAUCUUUAGAGGAGAUAAUGGACAAAGCUUAUGACAAGUUUGACGUGGAAAUAAAAAACGUGCAACUUCUUUUUGGAAGAGCAGGUGAAGACUGGAAGAAGGCUCGUUUUCAACAUCCAUCAACUUUGCAUGUUUUACAGCCUAUGGAUAUUCAUGUACAGCUGGCAAAAUCGAUGGUGGAAAAAGAUAGCAGGAUGGCCAAGUUUAAAGUGUCAGGAGGGCUUCCUUUGGUACAUAUCAGACUCUCUGACAAGAAAAUCAAGGCAAUUUUUGAUCUGAUUGAUAGCAUUCCAUUGCCUCAGAAGACAUCUGUGUCAAUUGCAAGCACAAAGGUGGCAGUGAUUCCUGCAAUUCCUGUUGUUGAUAAAGGGUUACUUAAUACUCACCAGUUGUUAGCAGAAAUAGUGUCAGAUUCUGAAGAAGAAUAUUUUGAUUUUGAAGAAAGUUCUGAACAAACUGACAGGACACUGAUUAAGGGAGAAGAAAUAAGAAAUAAGGAGCCUGCUAAAGAGGAACUGACAGAUCUUCACUUGAAGUUCGAAAUUAAAGAGGUUUUGCUAGAGCUCACCAGGCAAAAAAAAACUGAAGAAACAGUGCUUGUAUUUGAUGUGAAGCAUCUUGGGACAGAAGCUACAGUGAAAACCUAUAAUUUAGCAGCUGUAUCAUAUUUGAAGACAAUAAGCUUGGAUUACUAUGAAAUUGGAGGUAAAAAAGCACCCCUUCAUCUAAUUAGUUCCUCAGAUAAACCUGGCUUGGACCUUCUGAAGGUGGAAUAUAUCAAGGCUGACAGAAAUGGUCCACACUUUCAGACAACUUUUGACAACACUGAACAGAGGAUUGAAGUAGCUUUUUCAUCAUUAAACGUUCUGCUGCAUACAGAAGCCCUUAUGUCUGCUGUCAGUUUUCUAACGGCUGUUAGUCCAUCUGGGGAUGAAAGCAGUAGAGAGACAUCAACUAAAGAAGAAAAGCAACGAGAUGACAUCAGAUUAAAGAAAGUGACUAGACCUUCCAAGGAUAAGGACAUCUUUGCCUUCAGGCUUUUUGCCAAACUGGAUGCCUUCUGUUUAAAUGUUUGUGAUGAAAAAAAGAACAUUGCAGAGAUCAAGAUACAAGGUCUUGACUCAUCUCUUCUACUUCAGCCAAGUCAAACUGAACUCUUUGCUCGACUUAAAAAUAUAAUUGUCACAGAUGUUGAUUCAAGGACCCUUCAUAAAAAAGCUGUAUCUAUAGUAGGAGAUGAAGUUUUCAGUUUCAGUCUGACUUUAUAUCCAUAUGCUACUGAGGGAGAAGCUUAUACUGAUAUGUCAAAAGUGGAUGGUGCCGUAUCUUUGAGAGUCGGUUGUAUUCAAAUAGUAUACCUUCACAAAUUUCUCAUCUCUCUGCUGACGUUCUUGAACAACUUUCAGACAGCUAAGGAGGCACUGAGUGCUGCUACAGUCCAAGCUGCAGAAAAGGCUGCUACCAGCGUAAAAGAUUUGGCUCAAAGGAGCUUUCGACUUACUAUGGACAUUCACAUAAAAGCACCAGUUAUAGUCAUUCCUCAGUCCUCGAUUUCCCUCAAUGCUAUAGUAAUAGACCUUGGCUUGAUUAAGAUUCAGAACCAGUUUAGCUUGGUGUCUCCAGAAGGUGGUUUGCUCCCUCCAGUCAUUGACAAAAUGGACGUGCAGCUGACAAAGCUGAAACUAUCUAGAACCACUAUGGAGACAGGUUUAUCUCAUCUGGACAUUCAGAUACUUCACCCUAUUAAUUUGAGCCUGUCUGUGAAUCGAAAUCUAGCUGCAGAUUGGUUUCACAAAUUGCCAGUAUUGGAGAUUACAGGGUAUCUGGAUACAAUGAAUGUUGUGGUAAGUCAAGAGGAUUUGAAUGUCUUCCUCAAAGUGCUGACAGAAAAUCUUGGUGAAGCAGAAGAUAAACAAGCUCAUGCAAAACCAGUGCUGCAGGAGGAAGGUAAAACCAAAGAAAUGGAGAAAUCUGUUUUGACACAGGAUAAGAGUGUUCCAGAAGGAGUGCUGUCUGAAAAGAGGAAAGGAACAUUAAAUGAAGAUGUAAUCAAUAUGCUGCUUAAUUUUGAAAUCAAAGAGGUAGUAAUAACCUUGAUGAAGCAAGUUCAGAAGGACAGGUAUCCAUUACAUAUUCUAAAUGUGCUACGGCUUGGAACUAAAACUAAAAUCAGAGAUCAUGAAUUGACUGCAACAGCAUAUCUGAAAAAAAUUACUAUGAGAUGCACUGAAAUAACUGACUCAAAUGGAGACCCUCUUUGUAUUAUUAAUUCUUCAAGUAAGACAGAUGAACAUCUUCUGAAAAUGGAAUACAUUAAGGCUGAUGCAGAUGGACCUUAUUUUGUUACUACUUACAGAAGCACCAAACAGAGCAUUGAUGUCGUCUUUUCAAGUCUGGAUCUAGUACUUCACACAGAGGCUUUACUUUCCAUCGUGAGUUUUCUCACACUCAGUGUACCAUCAAGUGCUCUUCCCGGUACUGAGAAAGCAUCAGACCAUAAGCCCCAAAUAGAAGAACAGGAAAAAGGAAGUGCUCUCAGACCAGUGUCUGGUAAUGCAACCCGUGAUGAUAUCUGUGAAUUAAAACUCACUGCAAAGCUAAACUCAUUCAGCAUUUCAGUGUGUGAUCAGACUUGUAGAAUUGCAGACAUUAGGAUACAAGGAAUGGAUGCGUCUGUAGCUGUGAAAACUAAAAAGAUUAAAGUAUUCUCCAGACUUGAGGACAUUGUGAUUACAAAUGUUGAUCCAAAAACAAUCCAUAAAAAGGCUGUCUCCAUAAUGGGAGAUGAAGUAUUUAGAUUUCAAAUGUCGCUUUAUCCAGAUGCUACUGCAGGUGAAGCCUAUGCUGAUAUGUCAAGGGUGGACGGUAAAAUGUCUCUGAAAGUGGGCUGCAUCCAAAUAAUUUACCUACAUAAGUUCUUUAUGUCUCUCUUGAACUUCCUAAACAACUUCCAAACAGCCCAAGAAGCCCUGAAUGCAGUGACAGUCCAGGCGGCGGAAAUGGCUGCUUCUAGCAUGAAAGACUUCGCUAAAAAGAGUUUUCGUCUCUUAAUGGAUAUCAACUUGAAAGCUCCAGUUAUAGUUAUUCCUGAAUCUUCAACUUCCUGUAAUGCUUUGAUAGCUGAUCUUGGCUUAAUCAGAGUUCAGAAUGAAUUUAAGCUGGUGUCUUCAGAUGAAUCUUCUCUUCCUCCAGUCAUUGACAACAUGGAUGUACAAUUAACUCAUUUGAAAUUAUCCAGGUGCAUUUUAUUCACAGAUUCCCAAACAGAUUCUGAAAUUCUGUGUCCUGUGAGUUUGACUUUACUAGUCCAGAGAAAUUUAGCAGCAACUUGGUAUCAUAAAACCCCAACAAUUGGAAUCAAAGGAGACCUAAAACCAAUGCAGAUUGCACUCAGUGAAGAUGAUCUAACUGUUGUCAUGAAAAUUUUACUUGAGAACCUUGGAGGGGCUUCUUCCCAGCCAAAUACUCUGCAACAGAGCAUUGAAGAUACCCAGAUGGUUAAAAAAGGGAAAGUUUCAAAUGAAUCCAAUUUCUCUGAGGACCCUCUUCUUGCUUUGGGACAAAAAAGUGUUUCUACAGUUGAGUCUUCUGCAGAACAUUACGAAACACUUAAAUUUGACUUCAAUUUUGAGUCACUUUCAGUAAUUCUCUACAACAGAGAUGUGAAUCAGAAGUCCCCACUUUUGCUGCAUAGUGACAGAUUACGCCUUGGUGAACUCCGACUUCAUCUCAUGGCAUCAUCAGGCAAGAUGUUUUCUAACGGCUCGAUGGAUAUAAAUGUUAAACUUAAGGCAUGUACCCUGGAUGAUCUCAGGGAAGGAAUUCAGAAUGUGACAGCAAGAAUGAUAGACAAGAAAUAUGACACAAAUGACAGUUCUAUGAUAGACAUAAGUUACAAACAGGAUGAAAACGGAACUGAAGUUGUCGCUAUCCUUGACAAGCUGUACAUAUGUGCCAGUAUGGAGUUUUUGUUGACAGUAGCGGAAUUCUUUGUUAACUCAAUGCCGGCAUCUUCAGCUGAAAAAUCUACACAGCUCCAUUUAAAGCACGUUGCUUCUGGGAAAUCCAAACCAGAAACAGAAACAUCUGUACGGCCAAAUAUGAGAGUAAAAGCUGUGAUCAUGGAUCCAGAAAUUGUGUUUGUUGCUAAUUUGACCAGUGCUGAUGCCCCUGCCUUAAAAGUUUCUUUCCAAUGUGACUUAUCUAUGAAUUCGGGAAAGCUUGCACAGAGGAUGACCGCUCAAGUGAAGGACUUCAAAGUGUUGGCUUGUGCCUUUCUCAGAGAAAAACAAGACAAGAGUGUUACUAAGGUGUUACGACCAUGUUCUCUGGUCAUGGAAAAUAUGAGGCAUGUCUCGGGGUUACAAACUGUGGUAGUAACAAUAGAAGAACUUGUUAUAAAGAUCUCACCAAUAAUUCUAAAUACUGUGGUGACCAUUAUGGCUGCCCUAAAGCCAAAAGCGACAGAAGAGGAUUCUAGAGGAGCAACUGAAGUCUGUGAAAAUUUGUGGCAAGUGAAGCCUUUAGAUCAAUACAAUGCUUGGUUUCUUGGUGUUGAUGUAGCUACAGAAGCAACAGAAACUUUUAAGGACUGUGAGCAUGCUGUGAAACAAGAGAAGUUUGACAUCGUAGUGAAAUCUGUUCAGGUCACCUUGGAAUGUGGUCUGGGACAUCGCACUAUUCCUUUAUUGUUGGUAGAAUCUGUGUUUUCAGGUGUGCUUAAGAACUGGUCCUCGCUGAUGGAGGUCUCUGCUGAUAUGUCACUGGAGGUCCAUUAUUACAAUGAAACUUUUGCAGUAUGGGAGCCUCUUAUUGAAAGAAUUGAAGGAGGAAAGAAGCAAUGGCGUUUAAAGCUGGAAAUGAAGACUAACCCUGUCCAAGAGAGAAGUUUGAUGCCUGGUGAUGAUUUCAUUAUUCUUCCUGAGCCACAAACUGCAGUUAACAUUUCUUCGAAGGAUACAAUGAAUAUAACAAUAUCCAAAUGCUGUCUCGCUGUUUUCAGUAACCUAGCCAAGGCAUUUUCAGAAGGGACUGCAUCCACGUUUGACUAUUCCUUUAAAGACACAGCUCCAUUCAUAGUGAAAAAUGCCCUGGGUGUUCCUCUUAAAGUGCUUCCUAGCUCCAAUUUUCGGAUUGUUAAUUCAGUUGAAAAAGCAAAUGUGAACCUUGUAGAAAGUGGCCAGAACAUGGAACUAGAAUACUCAGUUUUUGAAGCUCCUCAACAAGGAAAGCUGUCUACAUUGCAUCGGCAAGAGAGUUCCAUCUUCUCUUUAAAUUUAGAACUUCAAGGAUACAAUGAAGUGGUAAACAUUCCUAUUGCCAAACCAGGGCGGCGACUGUACAACAUUAAAAACCUUCUUGUUGAUCGUUCAGACUCUAUUAUUGUCCAGAUAGAUGCUACAGAAGGAAAUAAGGUUAUUAGUGUACGAUCUCCUCUGCAGAUCAAGAACCAUUUCUCCAUCCCAUUUAUAAUCUAUAAACUGGAUAGGGACUCCAGAUCGCUGGAGCUGAUUGGCAUAUCUAAGCCAGAGGAGGAAUUUCAUGUUCCUUUACAUUCAUAUAGGUGUCAUUUAUAUGUUCAACCAACAGGAAUAUUAGAGGGUCAAUUCAGAGAGUCCACAACUUACAUUGCCUGGAGAGAAGAGCUACAUAGAAGCAAUGAAGUAAAGUGCUUGUUACAGUGCCCAGCCACUGAGAUGAAUUUCUUGCCUCUAAUAGUCAGCUCAACAGCUGUACCCGAUCAACUGAAUUUUAUUUCAACAUCUGGAGAGGAGUGGGAUCCUGCCUACAUCAUCCACCUUUAUCCUACGCUGACUGUGAGGAAUCUUUUGCCGUACUCCUUGAAAUAUUUGCUUGAGGGAACAGCAGAAAUCCGUGAAUUGCUGGAAGGGAGUGCUGCAGAUGUAUUUCAUUCCAGAAUUGCUGGGGAAAUAAUGGAGCUUGUCUUGGUAAAAUAUCAAGGCAAAAACUGGAACGGACAUUUUAGAAUUCGUGAUGGGAUGCCUGAAUUUUUUCCAGUGUGUUUCACCUCCGAUUCUGCAAAAGUGAUGACAGUGGACAUUUACAUACACACCAGGAGAAUCGGAAGCCGUAUGAUCUUGUCUGUGUUCAGUCCAUAUUGGAUAAUCAACAAGACUUCCCGUGUUCUCCAAUAUCGAGCUGAAGACAUUCAUGUGAAGCAUCCAGCAGAUUACAGAGAUAUUGUUUUAUUCUCCUUUAAGAAGAAAAAUAUUUUUAGUAAAAAUAAGAUCCAGUUAUGUAUUUCAACAAGUGCAUGGUCCAGUAGCUUUUCCCUUGAUACUGUAGGAAGCUAUGGAUGUGUCAAAUGUUCAGCUAAUAACAUGGACUAUCUGGUUGGAGUUAGCAUCAAAAUGAGUAGUUUCAACCUUACCAGGAUAGUUACGUUCACUCCAUUCUACACAAUAGCAAAUAAAUCUUCUUUGGAACUAGAAGUUGGAGAAAUUGGUCCUAAUGGCUCUUUUCCAACUAACAAAUGGAAUUAUAUCUCAACUUCAGAGUGUCUUCCAUUCUGGCCUGAAAACUCAUCUGGUCAACUUUGUGUAAGAGUAGUUGGCUAUGAAAGCUCAUCCAAACCAUUCCUGUUUAAAACCCCGGAUAAUGGUACUCUGCUGAGGCUGGAAGAAUUGAAUGGGGGCUUAUUGGUAGAUGUGAAUGUGUCUGAGCAUUCUACUCUCAUAAGCUUCUCAGAUUAUCAUGAAGGUGCUGCUCCGGCUCUAAUUGUUAACCAUACUUCAUGGGACUCCAUCAAAUAUAAACAGAGUGGAUUACAAGAGGAAAUGGAGUUGAAACCAAAGCAAGCAUGCCUGUUUGCAUGGACAGAUCCAACCAAAACAAGAAAAUUGACCUGGGGCUACUCACAAAAUUUUGGUGAACAUGACCUACUGAAGGAUGAAUGUGGCCAAUUUCCAUAUAAUGCAAAUACUCAGAUACACUGGGUUUCUUUCCUGGAUGGACGCCAACGAGUGCUGCUGUUCACAGAUGAUGUUGCAUUAGUUUCCAAAGCAUUACAAGCAGAAGAGAUGGAGCAACCUGAUCAAGAAAUAAACUUGUCAAUUCAUAGUCUUGGACUUUCUCUUGUUAACAACGAAAAUAAAAAAGAAAUCUCUUACAUAGGAAUUACUAGCUCUGGUGUUGUUUGGGAACAGAAACUGAAGCAGAAAUGGAAACCAUUUAAUCAAAACCAAAUAAACCUGUUGGAACAAGCCUAUCAAAAAUACCUUUGUAAGAGUGCUUUCCAAGCUCCAGGUUGGCAUAAACUAGACAACAAUACUGAGGUGAAUUUUAGUAAAGUUCCAAUGGAAAUGCGUCUCCCGGUUAGAUGUAGCAUCCGACGUAGCUUCCUGUCAGGAAUUCAGGUUGAAUUCAAACAGUCACCUCACCAAAGAAGCUUACGAGCUCAACUAUAUUGGUUGCAGGUUGAUAAUCAGUUACCAGGAUCAAUGUUUCCUGUUGUGUUUCACCCGGUGGCCCCUCCCAAGUCAAUUGCUUUGGAUUCAGAACCAAAACCAUUCAUUGACAUCAGUGUCAUCACUAGAUUCAACGAAUACAGCAAAGUUCUGCAAUUCAAAUACUUCAUGGUUCUUAUUCAGGAAAUGGCACUGAAAAUUGAUCAAGGCUUUUUAGGAGCACUUAAUGAACUUUUCACUCCAUCUACAGAUCCAGAAAUUGAAAGGCAAAGGUCUAAAUUAAUUCAGCAAGACAUAGAUGCACUUAACACCGAAUUAAUGGAGUCUUCCUUAACAGACUUGUCAAUGCUGAGUUUCUUUGAGCUUUUUCAUAUUUCUCCAAUUAAGUUGCAUUUGAGCCUGUCUCUGGCUUCAGGUGGAGAAGCAUCAGAUAAGGGUCAAGAAAUGAUAGCCAUCCAUUCUCUGAAUUUACUGUUAAAAAGUAUUGGAGCUACUCUAACAGAUGUGGAUGAUCUUAUUUUCAAACUUGCUUUCUUUCAAAUUAAAUACCAGUUCUACAAGAGAGACCAACUGAUGAAGAGAGUUGUUAGACAUUACAGUGAACAAUUCCUGAAACAGAUGUAUGUUCUUGUACUUGGGUUAGAUGUUCUUGGAAAUCCAUUUGGCUUAAUCAGAGGCUUGUCUGAGGGAGUUGAAGCUUUCUUUUAUGAGCCUUUCCAGGGUGCUGUUCAAGGACCUGAAGAAUUUGCUGAGGGCUUUGUAAUUGGUGUUAGAAGUCUUCUUGGACACACAGUGGGUGGUGCAGCAGGGGUGGUGUCUAGGAUCACUGGCUCUGUUGGGAAAGGCUUAGCUGCCAUUACUAUGGAUAAAGAAUAUCAACAGAAACGGAGGGAGGAAAUGGGUCGUCAGCCAAAAGACUUCGGUGACAGCCUGGCCAAAGGAGGAAAAGGCUUGUUGCGGGGUGUUGUUGGGGGUGUGACUGGCAUAAUCACUAAACCUGUAGAAGGGGCUAAAAAGGAAGGUGCAGCUGGAUUCUUUAAAGGAAUUGGAAAGGGGCUUGUAGGAGUGGUAGCCCGCCCAACAGGUGGCAUUGUAGAUAUGGCAAGCAGUACCUUCCAGGGAAUUCAAAGGGUGGCAGAGUCAACAGAAGAAGUAUCUAAUCUCCGCCCUCCACGUCUCAUUCACGAAGAUGGCAUUAUCCGGCCAUACGACAGGGUGGAAGCUGAGGGUUAUGAUUUAUUUGAGCAAGAACUGGAAUAAAGGAGUAAACAUUUUCCGUAUUUCCUCUUGAUUUCCUUUAUGGUCUUUUAUCUGCCUUAAGUAUUUAGAUUAAGGGCGUGAUUGCGUUUAACACGUACUCUCCCUACCAUUCAUGUCUUUCCUGUGUAGCAGAUAGUGUUUCAUGUUGUCCAGGCUAGAAAACAAACAAAAAAAGAAACUGUAAUAUCUAAGGUAAGAUCAGAUAAGUGAGAAAGAUGAGAGAGAGGUUGUUUUUUAACUCUUAUAUCUGUUUCAUGCUUAGCUCUUUAUGAAUGUCAGAUACUGAAGGCUCUUGGGGAAAAAAUCAUGGUAGGGUAGAUGUUCAUUCAUUUGUUAGCCUUCUCUUUCUCUUAAAGCUAGGGCUGUGGAUGAAGGGAGAGAGGGAUGUUUUCAUAUGUGCACAAAAUUUACAGUGGUGAUACAGAACAGAAUUUUCUUCUGUGAAAAUUUUUGCUUAGAAUUUCAAGAUUAUAUGGAAAUGUUUCUAUAAGGACUCUAACUAAACUUGUCUUUCUCUUUCUGUAAUAUGCCAUCGCCCUGCCACUUAAACAUUUAAUGAACCCUUAGAACUUAAAGUAAACACUACUCCUACUUCUCUUUGGAAUUUUAUCAGUUAAAAAAAUUAUAUCCAGCUCAGUUGACUCUGGUUUCAUUCACAGAAUCUUCGGGCUUUUCUGUUUAACAUACUUACAUGUCAACUGUUAACAUGAACAUAAAUUAUACUGUUAACAUGAAUUUAUAUUAAAACAUAUGUCUAAAUCAAGUGAUGCCAUAAAUUUCAUUUCGAACACAACACCUCAGAAAUAACAAACUACACUGAACAAGUUGUCUUGGGAGCCAAUUAAUUGCUUCUCACACACAAAUAAAACUUCAAGCAGACACAUCUCUGCUGCUAAUGCCUUUCUAGAAUUUACUGUUCAAUAGUCAGCUAUUUUGAUUCAAAGUAGUUUAAAAAUGUAGGAAAAUUAUUCUACCUAUUUAAGUGAAAUCAUCAGUGUCAUAUAUUGAGCAAAACAAAUUGCUUCAUGUAAUGAGAAUUUUCUGUCUUUAACUUCGGUUAUUCUUAGGUCUUGCUUGGGAUAUUUUUCAGUAAUGCUGCGCUUCCUGGUUGGUUGCGCUGUAUUUUUUCCAUCUAUCAAAAAGGAAAAUGUAGCACAAUUAGCACUGCAAAUUGGCUAUUAUGCAUUUCCUGCACAUCUAAUACUUGCAUUUUUCUUAGGCAUAAAUUUUAUUGGUACUAUAAAUAGUUUCUUCUUUUCCGAAGCCAACUUUCUGAAAAUAGCUUUCAUUUUUAACUAAUUUUGAUUUUUGUACUACAGCUUAGUGUUGGGAAGUUUUUGCAUUCUAAUAUAAUUUCAAAACAAGAUGGACAGUGUCUUACAGGAAUAAGAUAAUUUAAGAGAAGGACAGUUCAUGCACACUUAGAAAUUUAAUUGUCAAUAGUCAAUUUAUCGAUGCUAGUUCUGUAUAUUUUUGAUUCCAAUUUUGACCCAACAUUACAUACAGUUUAGCCAUAAUUCCCACUCUCUCAUCUCUCGUAUCAACUGUAUGCCACCCCUCUUCCCCUGUAAAAGAAGCUAAAGAAUAAAAUUCAUAAUAAGAAUUAUUUAGAAAUGGAGAAUUUUAACAUAUAAACCAAUCUGGAUUCUUAAUUCCUGUAUUCUCUUGCAUGCAAGGCUUCUGGAUGAUUGCUGUCAUCCAUACAAAUACUGACCUAAAGAUUAUUCUCCUGCCUGAGCAGUUAAAAUUAUUUUAAAUACCAUUCUUACCACCCCUAAAUACAUCUGCAUUUUAUCUUGAUUUUGUAUCAUCUCUGAUCUGGCCAGUGACUUCUACCUUAUUAAACUGAGUAAUUAAUUGAAAUUCAUCUGCGAAAGCUCUAUUUCUAGCCUGCUGCUUUAGCCAUACUAAUGGCUCGGCUCAGGUCCAUUUACAGUUGGUCACUGCUAUCAAAUUAAAGGUGACUUGUCGUUGGUGAUUAAGAUGUUGUUUCAAUAUUCCUUCUUUUCCAACCGCCUUGCUUUUAUAUGUGUUAUACAUCAUUAAAUUCAGGACUUUUCCAUGGGGAAAAUGAGCUAAACUUCUUUUAAGUGCUGUAGUAUUCUCAUCAAAAUAAAAGCUUCUUAUAAAGAUGCCUGAAUUUUGACAAUGUUCUCAGAUCAUGAAGUAAUUUACAUCAAGUGCCCCAACCCCCUUUUUACAAAACACACUGCCAUAGCACACUGAAUUUCGAUCAGGAGUAUUGAUGCAGCUCUGACUGAAUUGCUUAGGCAGAGUGCUCCAUGGAAAUUCUUACUUUAAUAAAGUAUUAUGUACAAAAUUUAAAAGUACUAGCAGGAUGGUUUCUGAAGUUACAAAAACAGACUUCAUCACCAAAGCUCAGAGGUUAAGUAGAGGAGUAAGCUUAUGAAUAAAUCUCUGUUUAAAUAUGUGGUUAUGUCUCACAUCUUGCUUAUCCAACAAAAAGAUUCAGAAUAUGAGUUUCAACCUUUGAAUUGCAGUCUUGAUGGUGAUGUUUUUUGCAUUUCUUUAUUUGUAUUUUUUUAUAUACCUGCAUCGGCUAUGCUUUGGUUAUAAAAUGUAAGUUGAUAUUCUUGUAUUCAUAUACUGCUGUCUUUCUUUCUGUGAUUUGAAGAGGUGUAAGGACUUUGAGAUAAGCAGUCUUUUGUGGCAUUUUUCCCUUUCAUGUUUGUUUUACAGUAUCAGAAACUUUUAAGAUAGUCAGAAAGCGGUAUUUUUUCAUAGAAGAUGGGGACUCUAUAUUUUUGGUUGUUGGAAAUUUGUCAAUUAAAAUGUUUUUUAAAGUAUCACAUCUCUGGGGAUCAAAUCCAGGAGAACGUUGUGCUGUUGAUUUCAUCUAUAGAACAUGAAUCCACCUUUGAGCUUAAAGGUGUUUUUUGGGUUCUGUUGCAAUGUGUGAUGAUGCUUCAAAACACUUGUUAAACUUCUAAAUAUGCAAAAAUAAAAUGCAAAUAUAAGUAAA